UCCUUAUUUGAAUAAUCGUUUCUUAGUAUUCGGACGUGGUUUAGCUGUUUUAUCAAGUAGAUUAUCUCCUUUACUUUCAUGCCAGGCUAGGACACUUUCAGUUUUAACCCCACACACCUCUUUCCUUUCGUCUCUCAAUCCGAUAAACCAAUUUUCUGGUAAUUUUCGUCCAUAUCUCAGAAGAAUGUCAAGCGGGGACGAGUACAAUGACGAUCCGCCGGUGGUCGCGGCCCCUAAGCCGAAAGGAGACAAACGUCUGUCUGUGGAGCGGAUAUAUCAGAAGAAAUCUCAGCUUGAACAUAUUCUUCUCCGUCCGGACACGUAUAUCGGUUCAGUCCAGCCGGUUACUGAGCCUAUGUGGGUUUAUGAAGACGAGAAUAUGGUGAACCGUGAGGUGACCUACGUCCCUGGGUUCUACAAGAUCUACGACGAAAUCUUGGUCAACGCCGCGGACAACAAACAGAGGGAUCCCAAGAUGGACACAAUCAAGAUCGAUAUAAAACCAGAGGAAGGUGUGAUCUCUAUUAUGAACAACGGGAAAGGAAUCCCCGUAGUGAUGCACAAGGAAGAGAACAUGUUCGUACCGACCAUGAUUUUCGGCCAUCUGCUGACAUCGUCCAACUUCAACGACGAAGAGGAGAAAGUUACCGGCGGUAGAAACGGUUUCGGCGCAAAGCUCUGUAAUGUGUUCUCCACCAAGUUUACGGUCGAAACAGCAGAUAAGAAGGCCGGGAAGGGGUUUAAGCAGACAUGGGCCAGCAACAUGAGCAAGGCGGGGGAGCCCAAGAUAAAGGAUUUCAACGGGGAGGAGUACACCAAGAUCACCUAUAGCCCCGACCUCAAGAAAUUCAAUAUGGAGAAGAUUGAUGAUGAUACUUUUGCGCUUUUCUCAAGAAGAGCCUUCGAUAUAGCAGCGUCUACUAAAGGUGUGAAGGUAUUCCUAAAUGGGAAAAGGUUGCCGGUGAAAAGUUUCAAAGAUUAUGUGGAUCAGUAUAUUAAGGGUAAAGAGGACGAGUCUGGUAACCAGAUAAAGUGUAUUCAUGAGGCCUGUGGACCCAGAUGGGAGGUGGCAGUUUGUGUCUCAGACAAAGGGUUCCAGCAGAUGUCCUUCGUGAACAGCAUCGCUACGACUAAGGGCGGGAGACACGUCGACCACGUGGCCGACGCUGUUAUCAAGGCGAUCAUUGAUAAGAUCAAGAAGAGCAAUAAAACCGGAAUCAAUAUUAAAAAUUUCCAGGUUAAGAAUCACUUGUGGUUGUUCGUGAACUGCUUGAUCGUGAACCCAACCUUCGACUCCCAGACCAAGGAGACGAUGACCCUCGGGGUUAAGGAUUUCGGGUCCAAGUGCGUUCUCUCCGAUAAGUUUCAAACUUCACUGCAAAAGUCUGGUAUUAUUGAGUCUGUAGUAGCCUGGUCCAAGUUCAAGGCUGACAUGAAGUUGAGCAGCAAGGCCGGAGGCAAGAAGACCUCUAAACUCCGCGGAAUCGCCAAGCUCGAGGACGCCAACGAGGCCGGAACUAAGAAUUCAGGUGGUUGUACUCUGAUCCUAACUGAGGGAGACUCUGCUAAAACUCUGGCUGUUGCUGGACUUGGUGUCAUUGGUAGAGAUUACUACGGAGUUUACCCGCUCAAGGGUAAACUUCUGAACGUACGCGAAGCGACCCACAAGCAGAUCCUCGAGAAUAAGGAGAUCAACGAUCUGGUGAAAAUUAUCGGUUUAGCGUACAAGAAGAAAUAUGAAACUAUGGAAGAUAUAAAGAGUCUGAGGUACGGUAAAGUGUUGAUACUCCUCAAAUUAGAGUUCGAUACUCCUCAAAUUAAGGGUCUAGUGAUCAACUUUAUCCAUCACAAUUGGCCUGGGCUACUCAAACUACCAUUUCUAGAGGAGUUCAUCACACCCAUCGUUAAGGUAAGUCACUACAGGUCACUUAUGUCAUUUUAUCAUAAAGUGGGUUAUGAUUUCUGGGUACAAUUUAUACAUUUUAUAGGUCUGGGAACCUCGACAAGUAAGGAGGCUAAAGAAUACUUCUCUGAUAUGGUCAGACAUAGGAUUAAGUUCAAGUACAACGGUUCUCAGGACGAUCACUCGAUUACCCUGGCGUUCAGUAAGAAGGAGAUCGAAGGUAGGAAGGAGUGGUUGACCACCUGGAUGGAGGAGGGGAAGAGAAGGAAGGAGCUCGGACUCCCCGAGGUAUACCUCUACGAGAAGGACACCAAGGCGGUCAACUAUACUGACUUCGUGAACAAGGAGUUGGUUCUCUUCAGCAACAUGGACAACGAAAGAUCCAUCCCAAGUUUGGUUGAUGGAUUUAAGCCAGGUCAACGUAAGGUUGUAUUCACCUGUCUCAAGAGGAAUCUGACCAAGAAGGAGAUCAAGGUGGCCCAGCUCGCCGGUAGCGUUGCCGAGAUAUCUGCCUACCAUCACGGAGAAGCUUCCUUGAUGGGAACUAUAAUAAACUUGGCGCAGAACUAUGUUGGAUCAAACAAUAUUAAUCUUCUCCAACCCAUAGGUCAGUUUGGAACGAGAUUGCAGGGAGGAAAGGACUCUGCAUCUCCUCGUUAUAUCUUCACCCAGCUCUCCCCCCUCGCUAGACACAUCUUCAAUGAGGCGGACGACGCCCUGCUCAACUACCAGCUCGACGACAACCAGAAGAUUGAGCCCGAGUGGUAUAUACCGAUUCUACCGAUGGUACUUGUCAAUGGAGCCGAUGGUAUCGGUACAGGAUGGAUGACGAAGAUACCUAAUUAUAAUCCUAGGGAGAUAGUGAAGAACCUAAAGCUGAUGAUAGACGGAAAGGAACCCAAGCCCAUGAUUCCGUGGUUCAAGGGGUUCAAGGGAACCAUCGAGGAGAUAGAUUCCCAGAGAUAUGCUGUAUCAGGGGAGAUAUCAACGCUAUCAGAUACAAAGGUCGAGAUCACAGAAUUGCCGAUCAGAACCUGGACAAAUUCGUACAAAGAGUUGUUGGAAGGUUUACUGAACGGGACGGAGAAACUACCCGCCGUCAUCUCGGAUUUCAAGGACUACAACACGGACAGGACCGUUAAGUUCAUCAUCACGAUGGAUAAGGACAAACUGAGGAAUGCUGAGAGAGAGAAGGGGCUCCACGCUUUCUUCAAGCUCCAGACCUCCAUAUCCAAUACAAGCAUGGUGCUCUUCGAUCAUCUGGGUUGUCUAAGGAGGUUUGACUCUGUUGAGGAGAUCCUCCGAGAGUUCUUCACCCUCCGUCUUGAGUUCUACGGGAAGAGGAAGAGGUACCUGGAGGGUAUGCUGGGAGCUGAGGCCGCCAAGCUGAGCAACCAGGCCAGGUUCAUCCUAGAGAAGUGCGACAAUACGCUGACUAUUGAGAACAAGAAGAAGAAGGUUAUGAUUGAAGAAUUGCAGAGACGUGGAUAUGAUAGUGAUCCAAUAAAAGCAUGGAAGAAGUCCCAGGACAACAUGGACGAGGAGGCUGCUGGAGAAGAUGAAGAAGCUGCAGAAUCCCCUGCUGGAGGCCCAGACUAUGAUUACCUUCUAGGGAUGAAACUCUGGUGUCUCACCCAGGAGAAGAAGGAUGAACUGCUCAAGAAACUGUGGAGGUGUUGACGCAUAAACUAAAUUUAUAUUCUCUAGGCUACCUCUAAGGAAGAACUGUGGAAGGUGGACCUGGACGCGUUCUUGGCUAAACUAGAUGAAACAGAAGAUGCGGAGCUAGCCGAUGAUGCAGGAGCUGCUAAGCUAGGUAAGAAGGGUCCAGGAAAGAAAGGAGCCCUGAAGCUUGAAGCACUGCCUAGUCCUAUGGGUAUCCGUGUUGAACCAAGGAUUGCUGACGAACUCAAGGUCAAGGUCGCCAAGGCUGUGGCUGCAAAGGCAAGGAAGGCGGACAAGGGGGACAAGAAGUCCGUGAAGAAGGAGGACGAUAAGGAUGAGUUUGAUCUGAUGACAGAGGAUAAGGAGUUGAACAAAUCACUGAGUGAGAGAAUUGGAGCUGUAAAGAAGGAGAAACCGUUGAAACAAACAAAGUUAAACUUUGAGAAAUCAUCGCCGAAGAAGAAGGGGAAGAAUCCUUGGAGUGAUGAUGACGAUGAGGAAAUUGAUUCUGAUGCUGAUCUCCCUGAUGUUGUUGACGAUGUCAUAAUUCCUCGUGAGAAACCGGGCGGGCGGCGGGCUGCAGCGGCGGUGAAGAAGUAUAACGUAGAAUCUGAUGAGUCUGGUUCGGAUGAAGAACUCCACGACAAUGACGGAGUAAAGGAACCGGAAAAGAAGAAACCGAAAGCGGUAAAGGAUAGCGAUGUCUCAGAUUUUGAUGCUGACAGUGAUAUGGACGUUAGGGAGGUCUCCCCACCACCUAAGCCUAAACCUGCUCCUAAACCUAAGAAGGCUGAACCUGUCCCUAAACCUAAAAAGAAAGUUGAUUCUGAAAGCGGGGAUGAAAGACCCCUGAAGACCAACGGGAAGAACGGACACAAAGACGACAUCUUUGAUGAUUCAGAUUCCGACAAAGGAGACUUCGCAUCCAGGGUCAAAGCGAAAGCAGCUGCCACUAAAAAUCCUUCAAAGAAAUUAACUUCCACCGAUGCCCUUUGGGACUCAAUGCUUGGGGAUGAUGAGAAGAAGAAGCCGGAUUCUAAGUCGAAACCGGCACCGAAACGACGAAUCGUCGACGAUUCCGACCUUGACAGCGACGGAAGUGACGUAGCGCCGAAGAAAAAGAAGGCUCCCGCCAAAAAGUCUAAACCUUCUAAGUCCGACAGUGAGGAUGAUGCGCCGAAACCGAAGAAAAAAUCGGCGGCCAAGCCGAAAGCAGCCCCUAAGCCUAAGAAGAAACCAAUUAUGUCCGACUCAGAUGAUGAAAAACCGAAAGGAAAGAAAGGAAAGGGUAAGAAGAAAGGCAGUGAUGAGAGUGAAUCAGAUUUUGAUCUUGAUACUUCUGAUAUAGGGCCUGCCAGAGAUCGACCAGGCCGGGCAAAGAAACCUAUCAGCUAUGCAGGCUUAGGAGACGAUUCCGACAGCGAAUAAACAGCUGAUACCAGCGAAUAAUCAGCUGAUACCAGCAGCAAAGAAUCAGCUGAUACCAGCGAAGAAUCAGCUGAUUCUCAAGAACCUGAAACCCACGAAACUCCUAAAUGAAAAUCCACAAAUAUUGUCUUGAAUCCGAAACGAAAUUAGUAUUUUUUUAACCAUUAUUGACGAACUUUCAAUUUAAAACCUGCUCAUUAUCAAAAAAUAUUUAGUUUAGAAAUCUCAAGUGUACAAAUACUUCCACAAUUACGUACAAUGUAAUAUAUUCAUCUUAGCAUU